AUGGAAGAGGACGGAGCUGUGGGCUUUCUUCCCUUGUAUGUGCAACGCCUGCGCGGACCCGGUCGAGUGCGCCGUGUUCCGCCAGGCACGGCGUACCGCUCUGCCGGCGCGCUGCUGCGUCGCCUGCUGCGCUACAACGAGGAUGGCGAGGUGCGCGUGGAGGUGGUGCGUGAGGCUGCCGGCGGUGUUAGUGCUGGCGCUGGGUACGCGGAGGGACGGCAAACUGCAGCUGCUACAGCAGCAGCACCAGAAGAGCUUCGGGAGGACCAGCAGCAGCAGCAGAUUGCGAUGACGCAGCGCUCACAGCCGAAGAACCAAGAUACCAAGAGCACCCGCACGAGAAGCCAAGCUCGACGCGAGCGUGCUUCCGUUUUGGCGAUAGAGACGGAGCGACGGUACGCUGCCGAGCAGGAGUCCAGAUUGGCGUCUCUUCUGCGGGCACUACCACUGCUCCGCGUAGUGCCACCACAGUGUCUGCUGCAGCAGGCCUACACGGAGGAGCUGGCGUCUGAGCCUGUGAGUGACGUAUUCACGUCACCAAGCGUAAGCAGAAGCUUCAACCCCAGCACGCCGGCACCGUCGGUAGCCCUCGUGACUCACAGAGAUCAGUCGCAGCUGGGUGCGGGCAGCAGCAGCAGUGCUGUGGACGGUGAUGGCCGAAACACAGACGGUAAUGCUGGCCAGCGUGGCGCCGCGACGGCGAUGAAUUCUUACGUACGCGGCGCCAACAGGCUCGGCCUCGGCUUGGCAGUUCUCCUCACCCCCGAAGAGGCGGCCGGGCUACACGGGACACCGCUGCGCCGACCGUCAGCACAACCCGCCAGUACCGCCGCCACUGCCGGCGGCGGUGUUGGCGACGGUAAGGCUCGCACUUCCUCGUUCACCCUGCUUAGCACUGUGAAUACCACGGCAGCUUCCAGCCCUGCUGGAGGCUUGCUCACCACCGUCCACGAGGAGGCAGCGUCAACGCGCACAACAGUGACGAGCUGCAGCGCCGACGCUACAGCAGGGAAGCCACCAAUGUCUGUGGAGGUGGCGGCCGAGAGCGCACAGGCAGCAGCAGCAGCUGCAGCAGCAACUCUCAACGGCAUCGUCAUCGACAGCGGGUUUGGCGUCACUAUCAAGGUUGGCGCCUCCUGCGACGAGCCCAACUCGCUUCGGUGUGUCGCGUGGGGUGGCUGCCGCCCAGCAUUGCUGCGAGCGGUGGUGUGGCGGCUGCUGAGCGACUACGCGCCUGCCGCCGUCACGCGACAGAAAGCGGAGCUGCAGCGCAAGCGCCGCCAGUACGAGGGCUACACGCGGCAGUACUGUAGUGCUCUGACGAUGCUGUCGCUGAGAGAGUCGCCGUCGACGUUGCCGCGGUUGUGCUCACACGGAAGUGGCGGCGCUGCCGGCGCUUCUGGCCUUCGCGACGCGGCAUCACUGUCUCGACUGCCCGGCAAUGGACUACUACCGAACAAUGGCCAUGGUCUGCCGCUCAGUGGCGGCGCAUCGUCCACGUCAGCGGUGGCGUCCCUCUCGCCAUACGAGCGCGCUAUCCUCCAUCAGAUGCUGCUGGACCUGCCGCGCCACCAGUCUCCCAUCUUUCAUGCCGGCCGCUCCCUCGCGGGCAUGGCGCGCUGCUUGUUUCUCUGGUCUCAGCGGCACCCUGCCGUCGGCUACGUGCAGGGCAUGGAUGACGUGGUCGCAGUUUUCUAUCAUGUCUUCCUUGCGGACGCGCUGCGGCAGUACGCACGAGUGUCGGCGCAGGCUGCCACGUACACGCGCGCGCCUCACCACCGGGCGACGACGCACGAAUGUGCGCGGAGAACAAGCGGGACGGCAGGGGCAGCUCGCUUGGACAGUGGAAGCGACGACGGUGAGGGGGACGACAGUGACGAUAAAGCUGCCUCGGCGAGCGGCGCGGAGCUGGGCAGCAUGAUCUGUGACAAGGGCACGCGAGCCGUUAUGCGUCUGCUGGUGUCGUCGCUCUCUGCCUCGGCGCAGCGGACAUCUUGGUCUUCCCCAGCCGCGUCGACACCAACGGAGUUGGCGACGCCAAUCACCAUGCUGAUGCUCAGCGCGCCUGCCACUCCCGCCACCACAGCCGCCGCGCUUUCCCCCUACCUUUCCGAGGAGGACCUUGACGUGCUGUCCGACACACCCGCCGCCCUGGACGCGAUGCUGGCAGAGUUACCGGAGAGCUACCUGACGCAGGUCGAGGGGGACACGUACUGGUGCGCCGGUCGUGUUCUGUCGCUGCUGCAGGACAACUUCAUGCCGGGACAGCCGGGCAUCUUACGCAAUGUGCGUCGCCUCGAGGCCCUCGUGCGCACCGUUGACCCCUCUCUCAUUGCCUUCCUGGACGGGUAUGGCUUGACCGUGAUGGACGGCUGCUUCCAAUGGCUGCACUGUCUACUGGCACGUGAGCUGCCGCUGCCGCUGCUGCUGCGCCUCUGGGACUGCUACCUGGCGAUCGGGAUUGGUGGUGAUCGUGCGCCACCGACGACUGCAACGGCCAGCGGCGCUCCCACGACAACUUCUUCGCUGGCCGCCGCCGUGGCAGCGCAAGGGUCCUCAGCUAGCGACGAGGAGAUCAUGUACUUCCACGUAUGCGUGUGCUGCGCGCUGCUCCGCAAUCUGCGCACCAACCUGCUCGGUAACUCCUCGCAGACUUCCACUUCGGCUGCACCAGCGGCGCCGAGCGGAAGGUGGGGCGCGGCGGCUCUCGCCACGGUGCUGCCCAUCUUUGGCUCGCGCACCACACAGCAGGAGGGGAACGGCGCGGCGGCACCUUCCGCAGCAGACGCAGCCGCACGUUCGGGGACGUCUUCGACAGCUGAACCGCCCAUUGACGUCGUGAUGAACACGCUGAAGCAUCCGUUCGAGGCGCUCUUCCCCCAAUACGCGUCCGCGAAGCAGCAGCAGCAGCUGGAUAGGGAAGACAAGCAUGAGCGGUGUGGCGAGCGCGCACGGGCGCGGACGCUGGAGGCGGCAAUGCGGUGGCUGGAUAUCCUAAUUGCCGAUGCUUACUGCAUCUGGCGGAAGCAUCCGAUGCAUGGUUGA